CCCGGACUGGUUCCGAGCGCCAGCUGACGCACCGAUUGUUAUCGUCGAAUUUCCCGGCGCGUUCGUCCGUGACGCGCAUGCGCAGUACAAUCUGAGCGUGAGUUGGCGUCCGAGUCACCUUUCUCCUCUCGCGUCCGCGUUCUGUUCUCCAGUCUGCGCUAUGGCCCGCCACGCGCUUCACCUGUGGCUGCUGUGCCUCGCAGCCGUGAUCUUCGGUCUGUCUGAUGCCGGCAAGCUGAACGAGACGUUCCGCUGGCGGCAGCUGGACUUCGACUUCCCGUCGGACGCAGAGCGCUCGGCGGCCAUGGCGACCAAGCGCUUCCGGCCCUCCGACAACGUGCCGGUGGGCGUCGAGGUGUGGGGAGACCGCGUCUUCGUCACGGUGCCGCGCUGGAAGGCCGGCGUUCCCGCCUCGCUCGCCUACGUCCGCAGAGACGACCCGGCGGACAACCCGAAGCUGCGGCCGUACCCUGAGUGGUCGUGGCACGACCUGUCGCUGCUGGAGGGCGCCAACGCGUCCGUCGAGGCGCCGGUCAUCGUGUCGCCGUUCCGCGUGCGCGCUGACGAGUGCGGCCGGCUGUGGGUGCUGGACACCGGCAUCGCAGACAUCCUGGGCGGCGCCGCCACCAGGGUGCUGCGGCCGCCCGCGCUGCUCGUCUUCGACCUCAACACCGACACCUUCAUCCGGCAGAUCACCUUCCCAAAAGAGGUGGUGAAGGAGGACUCGCUGUUCGCGAACGUGGCCGUGGAGGUGGCGCCAGCGCUCUCCGGCGGCUAUGACUGCGAGGCGACGUUCGCCUACGCGGCAGACCUGGGCGCCUACGGACUCGUCGUACAUGACUGGGCGCGCCAGACCACGUGGCGCGUCUCCCACAACUACUUCCACUCCGACCCGCUGGCCGGGGAGUACAGCGUGCUGGGCACGGAGUUCCAGUGGACGGACGGGCUGUUCGGGCUGGCGCUGUCGGCGCCGGACCUGCGCGGCCACCGCACGCUCUACUUCCACCCCUUCUCCAGCACCAACGAGUUCAGCGUGCCGACGCGGGUGCUGCACGAGCCGGGCGCGGCGCACCUGCACUUCCACGACUUCAAGCUGCUGGGCUCCCGCGGGCCGAGCACCCAGUCCUGCGCCUCCUUCAUGGACGAGGAGUCCGGCGUGCUCUUCUACUCUCUGGUGAAUAAGAACGCAGUGGGCUGUUGGAACUCGAAGCUGCAUCCGAAGACCUACACGCCGGAGACGCAGGGCAUGGUGGGCCAGGACAACGUGACCAUGGUGUUCCCCAACGACAUGAAGGUGGACGCCAACGGCACGCUGUGGGUGCUGACCGACCGCAUGCCACUCUUCCUGUACUCGGAGCUGGACCCGGUCGAGGUGAACUUCCGCGUGCUGUCGGCGCCGGUGGAGGCGGCCGUGGCGGGCACCGCCUGCUCCGCCGCCGCGCCGCCCCCGCCGUCCGCCGCCCCCACGCCCGCCCCCGCACUCUGGGCGCCGCUGGUGGCCGUCGCGACGCUGCUCGCGACCUCGGCCGCCGCUGCCGCGUGAGUGCCGACGCCGGCGUCGCGGUGCCCCGGCAGCCGCUGAGGUCGAAACCGCAGCGGAAGCUUCCGUGGUCCUAAUCGCGAAGCACAGACUGUCUUUCCAAAAACCGAAUCAUAUUUCAGUACGGAAACUCUUCUCCGGUGUUUUAAGUGACUGCAUCCCGCCUGAAACUGUCAGUUUUAUUUUACUUCUGCUAUUGUACCGUUUUGGCUUUGGAGCAUUUUUAAGUAUCCUGAUAAAAAGAACCGUUAAGAAUGUAGUGUCUCAAAAAUUAUUUAAAAUUUAAACAGAGUGACAAACAAGAUCAUAAAAUAAGCCACGAUUAAUAAAAACUUACUGGACAUUUGAAGAAUUGAAAUGGAUAACUUUCCAAGUGUCAAGCCUGACAUUUGUCAGAACGAAAAGUAUGUGUGUCUAAGUCAAUGUGUCUCUGUUUGUGCAUAACAAGUUUGUAUCCAAAAAUUGAGAAGGUAUUCUGAUAACAUAGAAUUAUGCUGUUCGCCGCAUCACCGCAAAAAAGAGACAAAUUAGAGAAUAAAUACCUUAUUAACAACGUUCUGUGUUUCAUACUAGGGAACUGACUGGUUCUCAGGACUAAUAAGAAAGCCUUUACACGUUGAUUCUUGCAAAGAAGAAAAUAACCACCAACCAAUGUUAAUAAUGGUAUUUCUUUACACAAAUGGCGCCGUAGCAGGUUGCUAAGUGACACGUUCAUCUUGACACAGCUGUUCGCGUUUCCGUUAGAUUUGUUGUUGAUUAGUUAGUUACAUGUUCCGUAGAUCAUUUGAGCGAUUCUUUUAUCGAAAUGAUGUGGAACGAGUAAGUUUACAAGAAAUGUAUUGAAGUAAACAUCAUUAGUGUUACCUUUAAUGAACACAUUAUUAUUUUUAGUCCCGCUUACGGAAAUACACUUAAUUUCUUUUUCACUGGCUACGAGUUUAUAAGUAGAAAUUCGCCAGUGGAAUGGCAGGAGUGUCCAGAAGAAAUGAUUUUAAAUUAGUUUUAAAAUUUGCUUCGCUGCUUGUCAGACAGUUUAGGUUAUUGAGCAAAUGAUCAAACAUUUUUGUUGGUGCAUAUUUAACUCCUGUCAGAGCUCUGACAGCUUUAAUAAUGGAUAACAAAGGUUAUUGUUUCCUCUAGUGGUGUAAGUAUGGACGUCACUGCUCUUCUCAAAUUGUGACAGAUUAUUUAUGACGACUUUCAUUAGCGAAUAUAUGUAUUGUGGCGUCGCAUUUAAAAUGCCCAGCACCUUGAAGAGGUACCUACAUGACGUCUGUGGGGGAACGCCGCUAGCUUUUGUGCACUUCAUGCUUUUUUCCUUAGUGAUGAGUUACCCCAGAAAAUUAUUCCGUAAGACAUUAUUGAGUGUAAAUAUGCAAAAUAUGUCAGAAGUUUUGUAAGCUUGUUUCCAAGACUAGCAGAUACACGAAGAGCAAAGGUAGCUAAACUUAGUUGUUUGGUAUAGUCAGUAAUAUGGUUCUUCCAUUUUACGUUUCCAGCACUAUGUACAUAAAAAAAUUUGGAGCAUUCUACCCUACUUACUGACUCCUGCUCAUGUGCUACAUCAAUUAUUGGCAUGACUCUAUUUGUUGUACAGAAUUGAAUGUAGUGUGUGUGUGUGUGUGUAUGUGUGUUUCAAAAUUUAUGGAGGGUCUAUUUUGAAAGAACCGUUCAAUAAUUCUUUGGAAAAUAUCAUUUACCAACUCUUCUGUUACUUUCGCUCUGAUGGGAUUUAUUAGGACAUUAGUAUCAUCUACAAAAAGUACUAAUUUUACUUGUUGAAUGUUAAGUCGAAGGUCAUUCACAUAUUUAACGAAUAGGAGUGGCCCCAAAUGUGAAUCUUGUGGGACUCUCUUUGUGAUUUUCCCGGUUACAAAAAUGCUCUACCUUUGCGACAUUGUCUGAGCUAUUCAGCACAAGUUUUUGCAUUCUUUUCAAAUAUGAUUCAAAGGAGGCGUAAGACCACCAGUUCCAUAAAACUUGAGUUCUUCUAAGAGCAACAUGAUUUACACCAUCAAACGCCUUGGAAAGAUUGCAAAAAAUAUCAAGUGAUGAUGUAUUUUAUUUAAGAGUUGUACUCUUUGAUGAGUGAAUGCAUAAACAACAUUCUUAGUCGAGCAUCCUUUUGGUAUCCAAACUGUGACACGUUAAGUAAAUUGUUUCAACGCUAGUAAAGAAAAUGGGAGGUAAUUGUUUAAGUCUUUCUUGUCAUUUUUCUUAUGAAGUGGUUUAACAACUGCAUAUUUUAACCUGCCUGGAAAAAUUCCCUGUGCCAGUGAUAUAUUGCAUAUAUCGCUAAGGAAAUUACUUAUUUAGUCGCUAGGAAAAACGGCUCAACAACUAAUGUAAACCACAAUCAAUAUAAUAUAAACGUGAACCGAUAGCGGUGCUAUUAGUGAAAAUAAAUAGAACCAUUAACGAUA